ACUGACCGAAGAAAACGAAAAACUCGUAAAAGAAAACAAAGAAUUAACGGAAAAAAAUGAUGAACUUGUUUAUUUUAUAUAUAAAAAACAAAAUAAAUAUCAACAAAUGAACAAAGAUAUGACAGAAUUAUUGGAAAAUUUAGAUAAAAAAAUCGAUAAUUGUUUAACCUUAUUAAAAAUUAAUUCAAAUUUCAAUAUAAAUAAGAUAGAUAAAAUCGUUUUAGCUAAGCUACAAGAAGAAAACAAAAUUGCUAAAUAUCAAAAUGAAAGAUUAACCAAAAAACAAGAACAAAUGUUAGAAGAAAUUCGAUUAGAAACUGAACAAUAUAAUGAAAAGAAAAAAAUAUUUGAUGUUUUGGAUGAAAAAAUAGAUAUUGUAUUAGCUAAUUUUAACUUUGAAGUUUUAUUUCCACUAAACGAUACUUUAGAAAAAAUGGAAAAAAUUGUUAAAUUAUAUAAAAUCUCCCAAUGUAAAGAUAAAAUUAAAAAUUAUGAACAAAACAAAGAAGUUAACCAAGAAUUAAAGAAUCUAGAAUAUGAUUACAAAUCUUUAGAAAGAACUUUAAAUAUCAAAUUAGAACAACUUGAAAAAGAAAAAGAAAUCAAUAUCGAA